AAAGGCUCUCGCGCCUCGCGAGUGCGGAGCCGCGAGACCCGGAAGCGGCGAGGCUACGGGCAGCGCCGAGGGACAUAAAGGCUCCUGGGCGGCGCGUUCCUGAGGGUUCGCGAUGGAGGACGAUGCGCCGGUGAUUUACGGGCUGGAGUUCCAGGCACGAGCUUUAACGCCUCAGACAGCAGAAACGGAUGCAAUAAGAUUUUUGGUUGGAACACAGUCUCUUAGAUAUGAUAAUCAGAUUCACAUCAUAGAUUUUGAUGAUGAAAAUAACAUCAUAAACAAAAAUGUUCUCCUCCAUCAAGUGGGCGAAAUCUGGCACAUUAGUACCAGUCCUGCAGAUAAAGGUGUACUAGCAACGUGCUACAAUAAAACUUCAGACAGUAAAGUCGUGACAUGUGCUGCUGUUUGGAGGAUGCCGAAGGAAUUGGAAUCAGGCAGUCAUGAAUCCCCUGAUGAUUCAUCAAGCAACACUCAAACCCUGGAGCUACUCUGUCACCUUGACAACACAGCCCAUGGCAAUAUGGCCUGUGUCAUGUGGGAACCGAUGGGAGAUGGUAAAAAGAUUAUUUCGCUGGCUGAUAAUAACAUAUUAUUGUGGGAUUUGCAGGAAAGUUCAUCCAAAGCUGUGCUCUCUAGUUCAACAGCCUUGGAAGGGAAAGGACAAUUAAAAUUUACUUCUGGAAGAUGGAGUCCCCACCACAACUGCACACAGAUUGCAACAGCCAAUGACACCACUGUUCGAGGAUGGGAUACACGAAGUAUGAGACAGAUAUAUUGCAUUGAAAAUGCACACGGACAGCUGGUACGAGACCUAGACUUUAAUCCCAAUAAACAGUACUACCUGGCUAGCUGUGGAGAUGACUGCAAGGUGAAAUUCUGGGACACAAGAAAUGUCGCCGAACCAGUGAAGACGCUAGAGGAGCAUUCCCACUGGGUCUGGAAUGUCAGGUACAAUCAUUCCCAUGAUCAACUGAUCCUUACAGGAAGCAGUGAUAGCAGAGUUAUCCUGUCUAAUAUGGUAUCCAUUUCUUCUGAACCCUUUGGACACAUGGUAGAUGAUGAUGAACUAAGUGACCAAGAGGACCAGCAUCAAGAAGAGAAGAUUAAAGAACCCCUUCAGGACAGUGUAAUAGCUACCUACGAAGAGCAUGAAGAUAGCGUCUAUGCGGUCGAAUGGUCUUCAGCAGACCCGUGGCUAUUUGCCUCUUUAAGUUACGAUGGAAGACUUGUUAUUAACAGGGUUCCCAGAGCUCUGAAGUAUCACAUACUGUUAUAAUUUGUUUAGUUUAUGGUGGAGUUGUUAUAUUGAUGUACACAAUUGGUAGGUAUUGUUUAGGGUUUUGGUGUUUUUUUUCAGGAUCUGUUUUUUUUAAGUAUAAAUGUUAAAUUUGGUUAAGAAUAUCUCUACUAAUAGAGACACUUUUAAUUUGUCUUUUAUAUUUGCCUUGGAAGACUAUGAUGCACUUUCUGAAGGCCAAACUAGUUCGAAUUUUUUUUGUUUGAGGGGCUCAUCACUUUGUGAGUGAUAAAUUUUCUGGAGAUACUGGAUACUUCCCAUGCUAUUGCUUUAUUCCUUCAGCUUUAUGCAGAUGUAGUGGAUUACAGAGGUGGUGUUACACUGAGAUGAAACUGGGAUAACGGAGGGUGCAUGAAGCAGAAGCGAUCUCGUUUACAAGAAUAUCUUCCUUCAGAUAGAAGCAGCCUUCUGCUCUAAGCUAGGGCGGCGUUGUAACUCUUCUGGUCAUUAUUCAGUGUUUAUAGCUGCAGUUUGGGGUAGUAUUAAAAGGCUUUCUUAAUUCAGUCUGAUAUUUUAAAGACUUUCUCUCUCAUUUUGCAUAUCCUAAGAGGAAACGUUAAUCCUGAAGGCGAAACCUUGAAAAUACAUUUUUCAUUUAAGCCUUAUGUAUAUCAACAAAGGACCAUCCUGGAAUUUGCAAACGAAAUGCGAUUUUGAGCUAUGUGUUGUUAUUGGAAACGAUAUUAGUCUCUACCAAAAUCUCUUAUAUUCUCAUGUAAUGUAUUAUCCCAUGUUUAUAGAACUUAGUUGUGCUGUCGUGCAUUUUGAGGGACUCUGGAGCUAUGCCGUAGUUAAUUAAUGCCAAUCUUAAAGAUUUGUAAGUAGUCUGCCUUCCUUAUCAUUUUGGCUCUGUGCCAUUCUGCAGCACGCUGACGUGACGUAGCAGGCUUUCCACUACGCCCAAAGCAUCCUUUGCAGUGUCCUGUUCUUUGCAGCGCCUGACCUAGGCACUGGCGACUCUCUUAUUGCAAACACCGAGGCUGCAGGAGGACACACAGAUGGAAAGGGCCUGGUGAAACAUCUGUACGUACCGACAACCCCCUCCCCUCGCGUAGCUUGUGUUAAGAUGCAAAUUGCGCUGCCCGAUCUUUGUGUGCUCAGACUCACCGCGGCAGGAAUUACUCCCUGUUGCCUUUUCUUCGCUAUUAUUUCCCAUUAACUUCAGAACCUGGAUCUGCACGAUGGUGUCGGUUUUGGUAGCGAUGCGUAAGACCACUUGGU